AUGACCUACACAGAGGUGACAAUCGGCCCCGGCGUGGUGGUGGGCAUACUUGUCUUUUUUGGCCUUGCGCUGAUGCAUGAGCUCUUCGUAGGGGCAAGGGGUAAGCCGCUCUUGGCAAGGAGGGAUGGCAGCAACUCAACUCUGCUCCAGCUUGCCUUCUUGAUUGGCUGGUUCGUGCCUUUCGUCACCAAGUCGUUAUCGAUACCUAUUUCGCUGGACUAUGCAGUCGGGACCAUGCCAGUGGGUGCAUUCAUCGGCACCUGGGCUGGGAAGAGAUUCACUGACGAACAGAAAUGGGACCAGCGCCAUGCUCGCAAGGUCUAUGUCUGCUGCUAUGGACUUAAUUGCGCGUGUCUGCCGGCCAUUGCUUUGCUCAUACAGGCCUGCAUCGGAUGGAACAUGGAGGCCAAGCGCAUGGUUUUUUGGCUCGUGGUCUUCCUUACUUUUGUAGCCAAUGUGCUUGGUGGCAUGAUCAUGAUUCCGUGGUGCACUAUGUGGAAUUUGGUUACCCCCCACGGUGACAAAACGUUUUGGUCGAUGCUGGCCCAGAGUUCCAAAAACUUUGGCCUCAUCGCGGGUCCGAUUUACUUCGCCAUGCUGAGCCGUUUCGUCCGGGGGAGCGCCAGUGAA